AUAUUGCACGGCUCCUAUAAGAGGCAGAAGCCGAGCUAUGGACGCCAGGGGGGUUUAGCAUUUGUCUUAUCGACCUUCCGCCCCCAGGGUAUAGGGACCUGGUCGAGAGAGCACAUUCUCACGUGGAACGACGAUCGAUUUAUUCUUGUGCACCUUUCGGUCAAUCAGAAGGGAAGAACUCAACCAUGGCGUUGCUCUGUAAGCCCGGAUUUGGUGCCACCACCACAUUGAACAAAGAGUUCGUUCCCCGUGUCUGUGUAGGCUCGAGGCAUCAGUCUGUCGUGGGCUUCCGCUUGCGCCCAUUCAGCAAUGCGCGAUUGUGCGUGAGGGCCACGCAGAGCACUAGCGUAAGCACCGGGAUCAGUGGACAAUUCGCUAUUGCAGGGAUCAAUGUGGACGCAGGAGAAGGUGGUCUUCCAGUAGUUAAGCUCCACAACAAACAAAAGAGUGAAUGUCAAAUCUAUCUUCAUGGAGGUGUAAUCACGUCGUGGAAGUCAAAGGGCAAGGAAUUGCUGCAUGUUAGGCCUGAUGCCGUGUUUGACGGCGUGAAGCCCAUCAGCGGAGGGGUUCCCCAUUGUUUUCCCCAAUUUGGCCCUGGUGCCAUUCAACAGCAUGGAUUUGCGCGAAACUGCUCGUGGGAAGUGGUUGCCACAAGCAAUGAGGAUGAUACACCUUGUGUGACAUUGCGACUUGUGGACAACGAGUACAGCCGGGCUAUGUGGAACUUCAAGUUUGUCGUGAAAUACUCGGUGUGGCUGCAAGGCGACAAUCUUUGUACUGAAAUGAUAGUGAAGAACGUGGAUGAAAAACCAUUUUCUUUUACGACUGCUCUUCACACAUAUUUCAAGGCAGAUAUCAAGGGAGUCACCGUUACAGGCUUGAAUGGAUUGAAAUGUUUCGAUAAGGAUCCAGUCACAAAAGAACCCGUACAGUCAUCCGAGGACAGAGAUGAGGUUACAUUCCCAGAGUUUGUUGACCGUAUAUACAAAGACGCACCAAGCCGGGUGGUUCUGAGAAAUGGACUUGGUGACACACUCUCUCUAGAGAAUGAGGGAUGGUCUGAUGCCGUUCUUUGGAACCCGUACAUGACCAUGAAGUUAUAUUACAAAGAUUUCGUUUGCGUAGAGAAUGCAAAGUUGGACCCUGUGACGUUGCAACCACGCGAUUCGUGGACAGCGAAGCUGACCAUCAGCCCUCUUUCCGAGUAGUCUGUAAGAAUGUUACUACCGGCAUCGUACAUAUUUUGAUUCUGUACCUCAUGCGAACAUUGAUGGACCAUCUCUACUUUGCUUACAUUGAGACAAUAGAUUCCCGGAACAACAGAGGUCAUUUGAAAUUUAGCUUACAAUCUCACGUGAGUUGAUGAGGUAUCAGAAUGAAGUUGAGAUGAUUCUAAUAUGUCAUUUCAAGAAUCCAAGAGCAUGGGAUCUAGAAGCACCCCAAGCUGAAGAGUGUAGAAUAAUUUGUGAGGCACAUCAUUUUAUCGAAGACCGCACAUCUUUCCGGCUUUUCCUCGUCAC